AGAGAAAAGGCCUCAUAUCUUCCCACCUUUCAGGCUAACAACCAUACCGCCACUUUUCACGACGAUGAACACGUUCAGAAACGCGAACAGUGGGAUAACAAAACACAAUUCUAUAUGGGAGUUGUGAGUUAUGCCGUUGGUCUGGGAAACGUAUGGAGGUUUCCUUAUCUAUGCCAGAAAAAUGGUGGAGGAGCAUUCUUGAUUCCAUAUGUAAUUAUGAUGGUACUACUUGGUUUGCCGUUAUUUUUAAUUGAAUUGGGUAUUGGACAGCGAUUACGAACUGGUCCAAUGGGUGUAUGGAAUGCAAUUCAUCCCUAUCUUGGAGGGACAUUACUCUAUUUCGAUUGA